UUUACCCCAUUGUUUUUAGGAGUUGGUGAGAGGCGUACAACUAGGAGUAUUAUAUAAGGCUAUCAGCUUAAUAAUGAAUCUGGAGAAACCUUCUGUCUGGGGAUCGCUGAAACAAAGAACAAAGCCUUUGUUACAAAACCUGAGCGUCAAAAGGACUAAAAAAAGCUCAACCAAACUGAUAGAGAAAAGACAGAAUCAUCCUUUAGAUCGGCGACUUAGUUCCUCGGUGCCUGAUGUGCUGAACAUAGAAACAAGUAUUGAGGAAGAGACUCACUAUUCACGGUCCAAAGCCAUGUCUACUUACUUCCCGAGUGGCUUUUCUGCCACUGAGAUAUUUCUUCAAAACAGUAGUAACUCUUCCAUGGUGCAGACGGAGGAAGAAUGGCAAUGGAGGAAAGAGGAGACCGUCCACUUGGAAAUUGGGGUUCAGGAAACGGAAGGGUUAGUUGUUCGUGAUCCAGAUUUGGAGGCAAGGCGGAAAUCCAGUGAAGAUUUCUUUGAGUUGCUGCAAAGGAACAGUUUCAGCAGCGAUGUUACGGAAGAUGCACUUGAGCGGUCGUAUGGAGAUGCCAACCUUGACUCCUCGUAUUCUUCUCAGCUGUCUGAGGAACAGCCUACUCUCGAGGGAGGCAAUGAUGGCUUGAGCAAGCCCAGUUCCUUUGCAUAUCUGUUGAUGAUACACCUGAAAGAAGGCAGGAACCUGGUUGUCCGCGAUCGCUGUGGUACAAGUGAUCCAUAUGUGAAGUUUAAGCUGAAUGGGAAAACCCUGUAUAAAAGCAAAGUGGUCUAUAAGAACUUGAAUCCAGUUUGGGAUGAAACUGUCGUGCUUCCAAUACAAUCUUUGGAUCAGAAACUCUGGGUGAAGGUAUAUGAUCGAGACUUGACUUCUUCUGAUUUUAUGGGUUCAGCAGUUCUAAUGCUUCACAAACUGGAACUGAACAGGACUACUGAGAGGAUCCUAAAACUGGAAGACCCGAACAGCUUGGAGGAUGACAUGGGUGUGAUUGUGCUGAAUUUGAGACUUGUGGUGAAACAGGGAGAUAUUAAAAGAAAUCGAUGGCCAAACCGAAGAAGAUGUUCUGUACCGAAGGCAAGCUUCAUGAGAACCAGCAGGCUGGUAGACACGUUGCAAAAAAACCAGUUGUGGAAUGGGACAGUUACCAUUGCUUUACUGGAAGGAAGGAAUAUUCCCAUGGGGGGCAUGACGCAAAUCUUUGUUUUGUUGAAAAUGGGCCAGGAAAAAUUCAAAAGCAAGACACUGUGUAAGAGUGCAAAUCCACAGUGGAGGGAACAGUUUGAUUUUCACUACUUCUCUGACAGGAAGGAUGUUUUGGAGAUUGAGAUCUGGGGGAAAGACAACAAAAAGCAUGAAGAAAUUUUGGGAAUAUGCAAAGUCGAUGUUGGAGGACUCCCUGACAAACAAGCCAACCGCUUGGAAUUGCCCCUGGAGAAACAGCCUGGAUUCUUGGUGGUGGUGAUCUCUGUUGCACCUUGCUAUGGGGUCUCUGUCUCUGAUUUGUGUGUGUGUCCCCUGGGAGACCCCAAUGAAAGGAAGCAGAUUUCCCAGCGUUAUAGUUUAAGGAACUCUUUCCAAAACAUCAAGGAUCUUGGAUUCUUGCAAGUCAAACUUUUAAAAGCUGUUGAUCUGUUGGCUGCAGAUUUUUCAGGCAAAAGCGAUCCCUUCUGCGUACUGGAGUUAGGGAACAGCAGACUUCAGAGUUACACCGUUUACAAAAACCUCAACCCAGAGUGGAAUCAGGUCUUUACUUUCCCCGUUAAAGACAUCCACGAUGUUCUGGAAGUCAUGGUGUUUGAUGAAGAUGGAGAUAAGCCGCCUGACUUUCUUGGAAAAGUUGCCAUCCCUUUACUGUCUAUUAAAAAUGGGCAGCAAAGUUGCUAUGUGUUAAAGAAUAAAGAUCUGGAAGUCGCAUCGAAAGGCAUGGUCCACUUGGAGAUGGAAGUCCUGUUUAAUCCUGUAAAAGCAAGCCUUAGAACCUUUUCUCCACGCGAGAGGAGAUUUUUAGAAGACAACCGCAAGUUUUCCAAGAAGAUCUUAUCAAGAAACGUGGAUCGUGUGAAAAGAAUCUCCAUGGCAAUUUGGAACACAAUACAGUUCCUUCGAAGCUGCUUUCUCUGGGAAUCUCCCAUAAGAAGCUUGAUAGCUUUUGUGGUGUUUGUGACCACAGUGUGGCAUUUUGAGCCAUACAUGGUGCCCUUAGCAUUGUUGAUGCUCUUUGUAUACAACAUCUCCCUGAGCUGCCCUGACAAAGCCCUACUCAUGCAAGACCCCCAGGACUUCAUUAUUGUAGAAGAGGAUGAGGAUGAUGAUGACAAGGAAUCUGAAAAAAAGGGUUUAAUAGAAAGAAUCCACAUGGUCCAAGACAUUGUUAUUACAGUCCAAACACUUUUGGAGGAAAUAGCAUCUUUUGCAGAAAGGAUAAAAAAUACGUUCAACUGGACUGUACCUUUCCUCUCUGCUUUGGCUUGCUUAGUGAUCACAAUAGCAAUGAUUGUGCUGUAUUACAUACCAUUACGGUACAUCGUUUUAAUAUGGGGCAUAAAUAAAUUUACAAAGAAGCUAAGGAAUCCUUAUGCCAUUGACAAUAAUGAGUUGCUAGAUUUCCUCUCCAGAGUCCCAUCUGAUGUUCAGAGGGUGCAACACGCUGAAUUGAAACCAUACAGCAGUUCCAGUCCCAUUAGGAAGAAAAGGAGUGCCUUGUAGGAUAUGAACCUUGGAAUGUGGUGUGCCCCUUCCCGGACGCUGCAUGCAAUGGGGCUGCCUCUCCGCACCCCCCUCUCCGCCUUCCAGAUCAGAUCAGUGCUGCAUUCACUCCAUCAAACUCUGCAUGUCUCGUCUGGAAGCCAUACUCGGACUUCAAACAAAAAUCAAAGUCAUUCAUAGGAAGCUGGUUCUGGCUGAUUUGUCCCUGGAAGACCAGAAACAGGACUGUUCAAUCCAGAAUCGCUUUCAGCACAGAUUUUAGAGCCAAAGCCAGAUCAGAUGUUUUUUCUUAUACCAUAGGAUGGAAAAGACAUUUUUAAUUUCCCGUUUUGCACACCGAUUUGUCCCUGAUGUAACAAUUAAAACUAUAAAAGCCAGAAUGACUCUUAGCAUGGGUUUUAGAGUCAAAACCAGAUGACUUUGUCUUAUUUUGUAUAAUAGAAAAGUGCCUCUUUUUUUUUUUUUUAACUUUUUGCACAUCAAUUUAUCACUGGAAGAAAAGAACUAGAACUUUCAUAACCUGAAUGAUAUUUAGCAUGGAACCUGGAGUCAAAAUCAUAUGGAAGACU